AUGGCCGAGGUCACUCUUGAGCACCAGUUCACCAUUCUUAGAUUUCAUUGCCGCUAUGCUCAUGUUCCAGGCCGCUAUGCUCAUGAUCCAGGCCGCUAUGCUCAUGAUCCAGGCCGCUAUGCUCAUGAUCCAGGCCGCUAUGCUCAUGCUCCAGGCCGCUAUGCUCAUGCUCCAGGCCGUUAUACUCAUGCUCCGGGCCGCUAUACUCAUGCUCCAGGCCGCUAUGCUCAUGCUCCGGGCCGCUAUACUCAUGAUCCAGGCCGCUAUGCUCAUGCUCCAGGCCGCUAUGCUCAUGCUCCAGGCCGCUAUGCUCAUGCUCCAGGCCGCUAUGCUCAUGAUCCAGGCCGCUAUGCUCAUGAUCCAGGCCGCUAUACUCAUGCUCCAGGCCGCUAUGCUCAUGAUCCAGGCCGCUAUGCUCAUGAUCCAGGCCGCUAUGCUCAUGAUCCAGGCCGCUAUGCUCAUGAUCCAGGCCGCUAUGCUCAUGAUCCAGGCCGCUAUGCUCAUGCUCCAGGCCGCUAUGCUCAUGAUCCAGGCCGCUAUGCUCAUGCUCCAGGCCGCUAUGCUCAUGCUCCAGGCCGCUAUGCUCAUGCUCCAGGUCACCAGUUGCUAUUACGCAUAACAUUGCAACAAGAUGUCUACAAUUUUGUGCUAAUUUUCCUGCUCUGUCAGUGA